AUGGCUGGUAGGAAGUUCAGGUCAAGGAAGGAGCAGCUGGUUUACGAUGCCUCUAUAGCCGGCAAAUACCAAAAAAGGCUCAAGAAGAAUCCAUUCCUAUAUUUCGGUCUCCCUUUUUGUAGUUUAAUAGUGCUAGGUUCCUACUGGUUAUCAGGUUUUACUGCUGUCAAGUACGAACAACAAGACCGUAAAGUUCAGGAAGUACAAGAAGAAGAUCUCAUUAAGAUGAGGACGAAUCAGCGUAAGUUCGAUCUGAAGGAAGAGUACUACCGUUUACAGGGACUUUCUGAGCAGGAUUGGGAGCCCGUGAGAGUUCCCAGACCAAAUGGUGAGUCAGAGAACGUCUGGUGA